UACUUCCUAACGCCACAACGUCGUCGUUUCCACCACGGUCUCUUUUUCUGAGAGCACUGAGCAUUGCUUGGAGAGCCAAAAACCCAAGGGAGAGAUAGAGAGAAGAAUUGAAGAUAAUAAUGGAAAUAGCCGUUAAUUCUCUCUUCUCAGCUUUAAAUCCAAAGAUAACAGUAAGUCACAAACACAAACACAAGCACAAGCAAGCAGUAUUAAACGGCUUUACUCCCGGAAGCUUGCGUUUUUCACCUCAUUUCAGAUAUGACGCUCCACAUCAAAUGAAAAGGAGAAUUCAUAAAUAUCAUCCUGCUGUUUGUGCUGUAAUAUCAGGUGUCAAAGAUGUUGGAAUUUCUUCUUCUCAGUUUGAUGAUUUUUCUGUUGCUGCCACGAGUACUAGUAAGGGUAGAGAACUAAAGAUAAGUGUUGAGAUUUUUGGUGCCAAAACUCAGGCAAUUUUUGACAAUGUUUUUAACAAAAUGGUUGCUGCAGCACAGCCAAUACCCGGCUUUCGAAGGGUAAAAGGAGGAAAAACACCAAAUAUACCAAAAGACAUUCUGUUAGAGGUCCUUGGACCUUCUAAAGUUUACGAGCAAGUAAUCAAGGAGGUGAUUAACUCUACCAUAGCUGAAUAUGUAGAAAAGGAAGGUUUAAAAGUCAGCAAAGACUUGAGAAUUGAGCAGAGCUUCGAAGAUCUUGAAGCCACAUUUGAGGCAGGUCAAAAAUUCAGCUUUGACGUAGUCAUUCAGCUUCAAGAAAUGAACUGAACAUUAUGUAACUUUUGAUUUCUCAUUCGGAUAUUGAAUAUCUUUGUUUAGAUUAUGGAAGGAACUUGUAUACAAACUAAACUCGUUUAAACUGAAAGGUGGCCAAUUCCUUCUUCAAUAUUUAUUUAGAGCAGGGACUCAGCAAGGGCUUUCAUUGCAA